AUGGCAAAUGGACUCCUUGAGCAUCCAAAGCAAAAUCAAGAGUGGGAGGAUGUUGGCAAACGAUAUUUGAAUGAAUUACUGUCAAGGUGCCUCAUCCAAAUGGAGAAGGAUUUUUGGUUGUAUUUUACAUUCAAAAUGCAUGAUCUGGUACAUGAUCUUGCAUUAGAUGUGUCUCAAAAAGAAUGUAAAACAGUGAAUUCCGAAACAGAAACGAUUGAUGAAAAUGUUCGACAUUUAUUAUUAUGUGAUGAGAAGUUGGUUGGAGUUCCACGUGUUUUGGAGGAAAUGAAAAAUGUUCGAACAGUAAUCAUCCAAGAUGCUUCAAAGGAAUCAAAGACUACUCAUGAAUCACUUAUAAAUCUGUGUCUCUCCAAUUUCAAGUAUCUACGAGCAUUAGAAUUAAGGAAGUCACCCUUGACGGCUUUACCGAAUUCCAUUGGUACCUUAAAGCACUUACGAGACCUUGACUUGGGCGGAUGUAGGAGUCUACGUGAACUCCCGAGGUCUUUCGAUAAGCUUCGCAGCUUGCAAUCGUUAUAUUUGGGAUAUACUGAAUGUUUACCUGAAGGAAUGCAGUAUCUGAAGUCACUUCGGACACUUGUCCUGGGUGGUUGUGUUAAACUUGUCUCAUUGUCACGGAGCCUGAAAUUCCUAACCAAGUUAGAACACCUUUAUAUAAAUAUUUGCUCGAGCAUGAAUUUGAAAAUGGAACCAGAAGAGGAAGAAGACAAAGACCUUCAGUUGAGCCUUAAAACUCUCUCACUCGUCGGAUUACUUGCCUUAAGAGAUUUGCCACGAUUGCUUCUUCAAGGAUCUUCUUCCACUUUGCAGCAAUUACGAAUUACUGGGUGUCCAGACUUGUCCGUUCUACCAGCAUGGCAACCGAAUCUCACUUCUCUUCAUUAA